AUGGCAGAGCGAAAAUUGGAAGAACUAAAUAUGGACUGUUUGGUGAAUGUAUUUGGGAGAUUGGAAAUUGAGUCCCUGCUAUUGGGUGUUCCCUUUAUAUGCAAGUCAUGGUACAACGCAACUCUCAAUCCUCUAUGCUGGCAGCAUCUUGAUUUUCCUUGUGAAAUCUCAGACUCCUUCAAAUCAAGAUUAGUGGAUGAAUAUCGAUUGCAGAAGUUUGAUGCAACUGGAUUGAUUAAAUUUGUCGUCAAUCGUAGUGGUGGAAAGGCUGUUUCACUAGUUCUUCCGAGCUGUUCUAAAAAGGAGGCAUUCAUUUGUGCUGCAGAAGGGUGUCCUGCCUUGAAAUUUUUGACGCUCCCCGAUGAUCUACACUGGGGUGAGCUGCAUAUUCUUCCCAGUCUAAUGAGCAAAUGGAAAAAUUUACUGAUGUUACGGCUUGGAAGCUAG